UAACCAUGCAGGCUGAUAAUCGAAAAAGAGCACCAGCAUGGACCGUGAGGGAGGUACUGGAUCUGAUCGCUGUAUGGGGAGAGGAUUCAGUGCUUGCAGAACUUCGUUCUAAAAGAUGAAAUGCAAAAACUUUUGAAAAAAUCUCCAAGGGCAUGAUGGAGAGAGGCCACAAUAGGGACUCUGAGCAGUGCCGCGUGAAAGUCAAGGAGCUCAGACAAGCGUAUCAAAAAACAAAGGAGGCAAACGGUCGCUCCGAGUCAGAGCCGCGGACAUGCCGCUUCUACGCCGAGCUGCAUGCAAUUCUAGGGGGGGCUGCCACCACUACCCCACCUGUGAUCGUGGAUUCUGGGUCGGGGAUAGUCUCAUCAGCGACGCCUGAGGAUUCUGCCGAUGGGGGAGAGGAGGAGGAGGAGGAUGAGGAUGAGCUUGCAGAGAGCACACAGCACUCCGUUCUCCCCAACAGCCAGGAUCUUUUUCUCACCCUGACUGAAGUACCCUCCCAAGCCUCCCAAGCCAGUACCCAAGACUCUGACCCCAUGGAAGGGACCUCAGCAGCUGCAAAUUCCUCAAGCCUCCCUCCUCCAUCCCGAAGGUUAUCACAGAUAAGGCGUCGUAAGAAGAGAACGCGAGAUGAGAUGUUUUCUGAAAUUAUGGAAUCCAGCCGCAGUGACAGAGCUCAUCUGAAUGAGUGGAAGGAAACAGUUUCAAAGUAUAGGAAAGAAGCCAGUGAACGUGAGGACAGGAGGGACCAACGUGAGGACAGGAGGGACCAACGUGAGGACAGGAGGGACGCUCGAGAUGAGAGGUGGCGGCAGGAAGACCAGAGGAGGCAGGAUGCAACGCUGGGGCUGCUGCAUGAGCAAACAGACAUGCUCCGGCGUCUGGUGGAGCUUCAGGAACGGCUGCUGGAAAACAGACUGCCGCUUCAGCCCGUUCCACCCUCCCCCCUCCCCAUGUUCCGUAUCCUCCUCACCCAGACGUGUAAGAACACGGGGGGGGGGGGGAGGCUCCGUACACCUUCCCAUUCCACCCCAGUAGACAGCCCAAGCAAAAGGCUGUCAUUUUUUUAACCUUUUCUUUGUGGCUUUUUCCUUCCCAGCAAUCCUCCUCCCAAAUACC